AUGGCACCCUCCGCCCUCUCCUCCUCCCCACCCACCACCACCCCAUCCACCCCCCUCCCCCGCAUCCUCGUCCCCGAGAAGCUCUCCCCGGAGGGCCUCGCCCUGCUCCGCUCAACCGGCUUCCAAGUCGACACCCCCGCCCCACCCGUCGCCGCCGCCGACCUCCUCAAGCAGAUCCCCGCCUACCACGCACUAAUCGUGCGGUCCGAGACCAAGGUCACCGCCGAGGUGCUCGCGGCCGCCGGCAAGCUGCGCGUGGUGGCGCGCGCCGGGGUCGGGGUUGAUAAUAUCGAUGUCGCGGCGGCGACGCAGCAUGGGGUUAUUGUGGUGAAUAGUCCGAGCGGGAAUAUCGUGGCGGCCGCCGAGCAUACCGUUGCGUUGUUGUUGGCGUGUGCGCGGAAUGUGGGGAGGGCGGAUGCCGGGAUGAAGGGGGGGAAGUGGGAGAGGGGGAAGCUGGUCGGUGUCGAGGUCGGGAGUAAGACGUUGGGGAUUGUGGGGCUGGGGAAGGUGGGUAUGAAGGUCGCGCGUAUGGCGAAGGGGUUGGGUAUGGCGGUGGUGGUUUAUGAUCCGUAUGCGAGUGUGGAGGUUGCGAAGCAGGCGGGGGUGGAGAUGAGGGCGGAUUUGGGGGGGAUGUUGCCGGAGGUGGACUUCUUGACAAUCCACACGCCGCUGUUGGCGAGUACCUUGAAUCUUCUCGGGGAGAAGGAACUGCAGUCGAUGAAGAAGACAGCGAGGGUGUUGAACGUGGCAAGGGGUGGCGUGUACAACGAAGAAGCACUGUUGAAGGCCUUGGAUGAGGGAUGGAUUGCAGGAGCUGGGCUGGAUGUGUUCACGUCGGAACCGCCUGUCGAGGGGUCCGUUGCUGCAAAGCUGGCCGCGCAUCCCAAGGUGGUGAGCACGCCGCAUCUCGGUGCGAGUACUGUCGAGGCACAGGAGAAUGUCUCGAUGGACGUCUGCACGCAGGUGGUGGAGAUCCUGAGCGGAGGGUUGCCCACGGCGGCGGUGAAUGCCCCGUUGAUCUUGCCGGAUGAGUACCGUCGGUUGCAGCCGUUUGUCAAGCUGGUCGAACGUAUGGGCAGUCUCUACACGCAACACUUCGCCGACCGCGGUGGCAUGGUUGGCGGCCGACGCUUCGAGCUGGUGUACCAUGGCGAGCUGGCUGGCAUGAGCAACACCCGGCCGUUGUUUGCGGCCCUGGUUAAGGGGCUCGUCAGCUCCAUCAGUGACCUCGGCGGGCGGGAUGUCAACAUUGUUAAUGCCACGCUUAUCUCCAAAGAGCGCGGUAUUGCUAUUGACGAGAAGCAUGUCCGGAAUGGUGGCACCGUGCCGACUUAUGCGAGCGCUGUCACCCUGCGCAGCUUGAAGAUCGACGAAGGCGGGGCUCAGACGGGCGAACAAAUCAUCGAGGGAUAUGUCAGCGGCAAUGCCGUGUUUAUAUCCAAGCUGGACCGCUUCAGGGCAAACUUCCAACCCGAGGGGACUCUGCUGGUGCUGCACAACUACGACGAGCCAGGCAAGAUCGGCAAUGUCGGCAUGGUCCUGGGCAAGCAUGGGGUCAACAUCAACUUCAUGCAAGUCGCUGCACUCGAGGACGGCGCCGGGCCGUCAACAGUGGUCCCUGUAGCUGACGGACCCGUGGAGACGGCGGGCCAGGCUGCGAAGGAGGCACUCAUGAUCCUAGGUGUGGCUGGGGAUGUCACCGAGGGGUUGCGCGAGGAGUUGAACCAGUCGGAGGGCAUUUUGCAUCUCAGCCUGGGGCCACAAGACGCGCUACGUCCGACUCCCUUCGCCGUUAUGGACGACCUGUCGCGGAUGUCGGAUGUGGAGGGCGAAGUGGCCGUAGUCGAUGAUCGAGGGUUUGGGCCGUCUACCAGAAAUAUUUCAUCUCCAGCGCCCAAGACGCGGUCAUUAUCGGAUGGAGGAGGCACUCCCAGGUUAUCUCCCUCUCCCCACAUUGUCGAAGCGGCCCUUCGCCAGUCAAAAGACGAUAUUGCCAUUCGAGACAAGGACCACGAUCGCAUUUCAUCGCUUCCAUCGACGCCCGUCCGCGCAGCAUUUCCCGCUCGAGGCCUCUCAUUGCAGGUACCCCCACACGAAUCUGCAUCGCCCGCUUCCCAGUCCAGCUACGCCAGGCCCGCUCCGCUGUCGCCGAAACUCGAACAUCAUUAUUCGUCGCCCACAAACAUCCUACCGCGCCGAUCGCGGGGUUUGGAUUUCACUCGCGCCGCCACCAGUCUUCACCACUCCACCCUCGCCGACCCGGCCUCGCCUGAUUCCUCCCCCACCGUCGGCUCCCGCGCUAUGAACAUCCCCGGCCGCCGCGCCGAGUACGGAGGCACCGACCAGACAUCGACGUCGCUCUGGUCUAUGAUGGGCAACCAGGAGCGCAUGCACAUUUCCAGCUCUGUGGGAAGUACCGGCCGUGGCAUCUCGGAUCUCUCGUCCAGCUCAGACGACGACGACUAUAUGGAUGAGGACAUGGAGGAGGCCUAUAUCACCACUCCCCAGGUGCGAAAGGUUGGCAUGUCCAGCGCCGCUGCCGCCGUGGGCGCGCCGUGGAUGCCCGGCUCUCCAGCCGCCAGCAACCUUUUGAGUUUCCAGCAGCGCCAGCGGCAACGCCAACGCAAACACCCCCAGAAAAAACCACGCGGGCCACUGGCGGUCGGCUUUCAUUCUCCCGGCCCGGCCGCCAUGUCAAAGUCCCCGCCAAACAACGCCAUGGUUGGCGGUCCAAACGAUAUGUCGCCCCAUGCGAGACGUGAGAGCAUUAGCUGGGCCGCCAACCAGUUGCACAUAUCCGGGAAUGAGAGCGACGACAGCCAUAGCAGGCCAAUCGACGCCCUCGACAGCCCUUCGCGCCCAAGCAUUGUUCGACGUGCCGUAACGCGCCGUGGAAAUUUGCUGCCCAAAACAAAAGGAUUUGCGCGAAUUCGUGCCGCGCUCGCCGAAGAGAGCGCGCCCGUAGAGUCGGAAUUUCGCCAUGAAGCCGAGGUGGUACGCCAGGUCCGCGAGAGCGACAUAGACCUCGAACCUAGGCCACCCCCGCCUCAGUCGACACAGUCAACAGCAUUAUCCAGUCCCAACCUGGCAACACACGACAGUCUUGAGGACAUCAACGAUGACAUCAUGAUGAUGGACCCGACCGCUAGCGCAUUGGGGGUCACAGGGACGUUUAAGCAACAGGCCAUGAAAAACUCCAAGGGCAAGGUCUUCUGGGAUACCUUCUCGGAGACGAGCAGCACGGGCGCCACCCAGCGCGUCACCCCUCCCCCGCCGCCCUUCGGCCUCGCCCGGGCUUCCUCGUCGGGCAUGGGCCUGGAAGACGUCAGCAUGGGCUCGCCCUCGGCCUCCUCCACCGGCGGCGCCAGCCAGAGCAACCCCUUCGUCCUCCCCGGCGGCGGGACACAAACAACAAGAAGCAGCUCCGGCCACGGCACGCCCCUGCCCCCUCCCGGCCACGCCACCACCGGCAGCGGCAGCGGCACCAGCAGCAGCCAAAACGCCCCCUUACCCGGCGGGCCCAUGGGCAUGUCGACCCCCCCGACGGCGGCCGAGAUCACGCGGCGCAUCAACAGCAAGCGCCGCCGCGACGACGACCUCGACCCCGUCAGCAUCAAGCGCCGCGCCGUCAGCCCCGGCAUGAGCGUCCACAACUCCCCCGUCAUGCAGUCCCCGCUGCAGCGCGACAUGGAGCCGUGGGGCGGGUCUGGUAGCGGUGGUGGUGUGGGGAUGGGUGUUGGUGGGCCGGGGUCGAACAUGUCCAUGUCCUCGCGGCCGGGGAGUGUCGGGGGGGAUAGUAGUGCUGGUGGUGGGGGUAAUGGUGGUGGUGGUGGUGGUUGGGCGGGGAGGAAUGGGAGUGGGGCGGGGAGUGAGAGUGGGAGUGUCAGGGUUGGGUUCCAGGGGAUGGUGGAGACGCAUGAUGGGAUUACGCGGCUGAGUAUUGAGUAG